ACGAGCUCGCAUUCAUCGCUGGUGGGAAAUACGAAAAGAUAAACAUGGCGAGAGGAAAUGUGUAAUUUAGAGGAAAUCGAAAUUAACGAUUACCAUGCAACAGGUGAACAAAAAUGAACAAAAAGAACGAGAUUGGAGGCACCAUACAGGAGUAUGAUGUAGGAGAGCAGUUAGGAAGAGGUGGCUUUGCCACAGUGUACAGAGCACGAUGUAGAAACACAGGAAGGGAUGUCGCCAUUAAGAAGAUCAACAAGAGUGAAAUAGCUGCUGGAGGACUCAUAAAUCGCGUCCGACAGGAGGUGACGAUCCAUUCUAAGCUGAAUCAUCCAGCAAUACUGAAGCUGUAUGCAUUCUUUGAGGACCAGAGCUUUGUUUAUCUUGUGCUAGAACUGUGCUCAAGAGGCGAACUUCAGAAGCAUAUCAAAAGUCUACGAAGAGUUUUAAAUGAAGAUGAAGCUCGUGAAUAUCUCAGUCAGGUGGUGGCAGGGAUGCUGUACCUCCAUUCCCAGUCUAUCAUGCACAGAGAUCUUACAUUGUCAAAUCUUUUACUUGACAAUAAUGGUAGGGUUAAAAUUGCGGAUUUUGGACUUGCAACACAGUUGCGCCGCCCAGAUGACCGGCACAUGACAAUGUGUGGAACGCCCAACUACAUAAGUCCUGAAGUAGCCACCCGCAGUUCCCAUGGCCUUGAGUCUGAUGUGUGGAGCCUUGGGUGUAUGCUGUUUAUAAUGCUUGUGGGACAUCCACCCUUUGACGGGGAGGGAGUGAAGGAAUCGAUAUUCACACGUGUGGUGAUUGGUGAUUACAAGAUCCCAAGUUAUGUGUCAGCAAAUGCACGUUCUCUUAUUUCGGAGUGUCUUAAGAAGAAUCCAAGAGAGAGGAUCAAGCUUCAGGCUAUUCCCCACCAUCCCUUCAUGGCAGUUGAAGGCAAAACUGACAUCUCAAGAACAUCAGACAGUGGGCUAUACACUAUGACUACUGUGGCCACCACACAGCACACACGACCCCCUUUGACCACCAUAUCUGAGAGUGAUUUGUCAGAUACAGAGUCAAGUGGGUCAGAGAACAGACAAGGAGGGCAUCCUCAUAGGUUGCCUUACCUCAGACACCCUCCAUCUCCUCCAGUUCGAAUGAAGUCCAACCCAAAAGACCUACUUCCACCAAAUGCUGGGGUGAUAGAUACUCUGAAAAGAAAAUUCACCCCAUUACCUUCACUGCAAAGGGGAGAUUUCAGUCAUUCAAAUAUGCCAAUGCCUCCUCUGAUUAGACGAGAACGAGAUGUUACAGAGGAAAGACAGAAGCACCAACUGAUGUAUAGCCAGAAGCAGUCAUCUCAUAGUGAUGAUAAAUCUGACUCCUCUCAGUAUUCCUCCUCACACAUGAGUGAUGAAGCUUAUCAUUACCAUUCCGGUGAGAAGAGAAGCAGCAGGGCCAGGAAUCACAGUGCAAGCAGAAGUCAAGACUAUCAUUCUGCAGGUAGAAGUCCAAGCAGAAGGGAGAGGUCCCAUGAGCGCUAUGGUAAUGCCCACAGAGAAGUGUCAGAUAAUUACAGAAUUCACAGUGACACUGAUGAAGCAAAGGAGAGAGGAGGUCAUCCACGUAGCAGGUCGAAACAGAGAAGCUACAGCCAAGAUUAUCCUCAGAAGUCAGAAAAGGGUAACAGGGAUGCUUACUAUUCAGAGGAAAGGAAAGAGCAUUACCAUUAUGGACGAUCUUUAGAAAGACAUGAAGAAAGACCCCAUAGAGAACAUUCUGGUCAUAGACUUAGAGAAUCAUCCAAAGAUAGGUAUAGUGAAAGAACCCAAGAAGAUGAAUACCAAAGGGGUAGAUCAAGAGAGAGACAUCAGCAUUAUCACAGUGAUAAAUCUAACAGGAGAAGGGAUGAGGAAUUGCACAACCAGAAGACUCACCCAUGUUGUGAGAGUUCACAACAUAGAUCCUGGUGUAAGCAGAAAGGACGUAAUGAUUCAGAAAAGAAUGUAUCUAACUAUGAAAGAAGUAGAUACACUAGUAGAUGUGAAAAUGACAGAUGUGGUGCCAGUGACAGAGUCCAUGCUCCAAGUCAGCAUCGGCACACAGGACAUGAACGACCAGUCAGGGCUGAGGGGUCAUCAUCUCAUCGUGAUAAGAAUAUCCUGGGUGACCUUGCUCCUUUUAAGAAUUCGGUUCCAUCUAAGAAAGAUAUUGAAGAUGCAAGACCAGGCCAUGGUGGCACAGUGCAUGAACAGCAUCCUGUAACUCCAACAAAGAGGAAACCAGAUUUAAACUGCCAGACUCUCAAGCAGCAAGUUUCACCUCUUUCAUCAAGAAGGCUGAAGCCUAUCCGUCAGCGCACUAAAAAUGCCUUUCUCAAUAUAUUGGAGAAUGGCGAAAUAUGUUUAGAAUUCCUUCGAAAUAUGAAAGGACAAGAAGUUGUUGCUGAUGUAUGCAGGAUAUCACCGGAUGGAAUGAGGAUUGUCCUUUACCAACCAAAUGGAGGUUCUGGGUCACAGCCUGGAAAUGCACCUCCACCAUUGCCAACUGAAGGGGCAGAUUCCAUUUAUGGCUAUGAAAAUCUUCCAGCUAAACAUUGGAAGAAAUAUGUUUAUGCUGCAAGAUUUGUGAAGGUAGUGAAGGCAAAGACUCCUAAGAUUACCUACUACAGUGACCAGGCCAAAUGUUUGCUGAUGGAGAACUCGCCUGAUCCUGACUGUGAAGCUGUCUUCUAUCAUGGUACAAAAAUCACAAAGAGUGGGAAGAAUGUGAUGUUAACAGAAACCACUGGGGUAGUACACAAUAUACCACAGCCAUCUGGACACCAUAACCUACCAGAGCAGCUUCAACCAAUUUACCUGCAUUUCAAACAGAUCCAUGAGCACUGCCUGUAUUUGGAAAGAGUUCUCUCAGAGGUUGUUGAAAAGACUGGUCUGAGUUGCUUUCCAGUCAUUGUAGGACGUAAACCUGCAUCAGCAUCAGCAACUCCUCCUAGCAGUGCCCGUAGUUCUUCUAGCCCGCGAGAAGAUAAAGAAAACCUUUCACCAGUGUCACUGCAGUCGUACAAAUUACCAAGAAACGUUGCAGCACAGCUUGGGUCAUUUGAGGGCUCUGUUGCAAGUGUUCAGGUUGGAGGAAGCUUCAUCCCUCGACUGCGCGCACCACUGAAUCCCCACAUCCCUCGAAAUGACUCCAAAGGAACAACGGGCUCCUCAAAACAUUCCGUCUCUCGUGUCUAUGUUCACAACGUUGGUUGGGCAUCACAGGAUGAGGAGGGACAGGUAUCAGUGGAGUACCUUGAUGGAACACAGCUGCAGGUCAGCAGCAACUCGCCAAAGGUGGUCUUCACUGACACAUCUGGAGUCUCAGCUACAUACUCAAGCAAUGACAAGUUGCCACUCUCUGUGCAGCAGAAGCUCUCUCAGAUGCAGGUUGUGCUGACAUCACUUGCCAGGCCAACUGACUCCUCUGCCACGCCAAGGCUUACUCAACCUGUUGGCCUUAGAUAGAAGUGAAUGAUUAUUGUACUUCCAUUGUUGAAGUGGGCAUUGGUCUCAUUUGGAAUUUUGUGCUAAAAGCAUUAUUUUUAAAAUGUAAUCCAUUUGCAUCAUAGGUUAAGUACAAAGUGCUUUUCAAAUGAUAGGCACACAGUGACAUCUCAAGCAAUGCUUGAUUGAAGUUUUAAUGCUGGAUAUUUGUUGCUUAUCAUUUUUAACUAAUUAUGUGCAAAAUGUGUCUUCCAAAGAAAGCAAUUCUUAACAUUAUUUUGCUGAUAAUGAUGUCUUCCUGAAUACAUAAUGUGAAAUGAUGUUUUCCAUGUUUAAAUUAUCUGAUACCUAGUAUAUCUUCCUAUAGGACUUCCAUCUAGUUUUAGAGAAGCAAAACUUUUAAUCUCCUUUGAAUACUGAAAACUUUUGGAAGUAAAAUAAAGGACUGAAUUUUAUCUCUCUGCAGUCCAUGGUGUCUUCUUAGUCUUUUCCUUUCCUUACAUUAUUUUUUCUAGAUCCUUUGAAUUUUCAGUGACGCCCUAAUCAGAGAAUCAUAGUUUCAUAAGCAAAAACUAAUGGGCUUCCAGAACCUAAAAAAAAAAUGAAUAAAAAAAUGUAAAUCAAAACUAGAUCAUUGUAGAUGAAUGUGAUGUAACUUCAUUUUCCUUCUCCUUUUCAUUCUGUAGUUCACUCUCUUCUCUGUCCCCUUCUUUACUCUGUUCUUCUUUCAUCAGUCACAUCCCCCUGCUGUUUCUUUUGUCCAGCAGUGCCUAUAAUAAAUAUGGCAGCUUCCUUUGCUCUCCUAGUUGUUGAACUGCUUAUGGCAUAGGGAUCACCAUAGGACUCUGAAAAUAAGACCAUACCUAUUCAAUAGCUUUUCCAGGAAAUGUGCGAGAUGUUGAGAUAAACGAGAUAUAAUAAAGAGUAAGGAAUACAUGAGAGAUAUGAGUGUUCAUGAUAUUGGUUUGUGAAAUAUAAAAAAAUAAUGUGAUAACAUUUAGCCAUAUUUUAGAUGUUUCACUUUCUAAAACAGAAAAUAUAUAACUUAGUCAUCAGUUUCCUUGAGAGUCAUUUUUAUAAUAUUUGCACCAUGUAAAUAAUGAAUAGAACCUCCAAAUUACUAAACUUAAGGACCUUGUAAGUCAUUUUGAUCUGAUGUUUAUCUUAAGCUAAUUUUAGGAGAACUAUUUUUUGCAUGGCAUUUCAGCAAUUUUAUGGGUUUCGCACCAGAUCUAUCUUGCAUAGCAUUUUGUUUUGUACUAUGUACAAGGGGUAAGGGAAUAUAUAUCUAUAUAUUUUUUAUUAUUUGCUAGUAAUUGUAUGAUUAUACCUUUAUCUGCAUAACAUAUAAUAAUGACAGCAUACAAAUGAAAUUUUAUUUAUUAAAAACAGGAAAAGAGAA